CUAGACCGACACCUUUUCUUUGGUUAACCACAACACCGACCGAUCAGUUAUUGGUGUAAACCGCGGUUAGCCGACUAACCAAAUAAUGGUGUCGACUUACAUAUUCAGUUUAGUUUUGAGUUUUAGCGAUGGUGGUGCGACGAUUGGUGGUGGGCUGGUGGCGACUAAUUGGUGGUCUGGAUUGGUUGUGGCGCUGGUCGCUGGAGAAAUUGGUGGUCUCGAUUGGUGGUGGGCUGGUGGUGAUGGUGGUGGCGGUGAUUGGAUGCCUGCCCUGCUAUGCUUUUGUUGACGAGCCGCGACGGGAAGGAAGGAAGAAGCAACAAAGAGACCCAUCUCGCCUACUGCCUGGUCUGCUUCUGUCGACGGGGCCCGACGGGAAGGAAGGAAGAAGCAGCAGGGAUGACCCUCGCCUGCUGCCGUGCUCUGCUUCUUUCAACGGGCGCGACGGGAAGGAAGGAAGGAAGAAGAAGUGACUAGCUUGCUCUCAACGGCGACGACAAAAGACGAUGGUGGACGAACGAGGACGAUGAAGGACGAAGGCGGAUUGGUGUUCGAUGCCGAUGUAAAACGUGGGCUCAAGUCUCAAGAGGUGGACGAAGGCACGACAAUAGGGAACAGAAAUUAGGGAUUGAGAAUGGCUUUGGUUUUGCCUUUUGGGGGUAGGGUGAAUUAUUUGGUUUGGUCUGUGGGGUCGGUAAGGCAAUUAACCGCGGUUUAUCAC